AUGCAAGUCGUCUUCAUAAGCAACAGUUUUCGCCAGAUAGCUAAGGUAAUAUAUCCUCCACAUUCAAGACUCACAGAUAAAGAGAAAACCAAUAUUUGCUAUUUGUCUUUUCCAGAUUCAAAUUCAGGUUGUCUUGGGGACACACAGUUUUGUUUUAGAUUUCGACGGUCGUCUGGAAGGAAAGUCUCAUUGUGUUGUUUUCUGGACCAAUUGGAUAGAGAUCUACCGGUUUACUUAAAGAAAGAUCCAGCAUAUUACUAUGGCUAUGUAUAUUUCAGACAAGUUCGAGACAAAUCAUUAAAAAGAGGCUACUUCCAGAAGUCACUGGUCCUCAUUAGCAAACUACCGUAUGUCCAUCUCUUCCGCACCAUGCUUAAGCAAAUAGCACCAGAAUACUUUGAAAAAAGUGAAGCUUUCCUGGAAGCAGUUUGUAGUGAUGUUGAUCGUUGGCCACCACCAAUUCCAGGGAAAAUACUGCAUUUGCCUAUUAUGGGUAUUAUAAUGAAGUUGCGGAUUCCAACAUAUCGUGACAAGGCUGGAACAACACCUAUAGUACAGAAUAUGCACCAGGCAGAUGCUCAGAUCUCCAUGUCUUUACCGACUGUUCAUGAAGUAGAUCUUUUCAGGUGUUUCUGUCCAGUCUUCUUUCACAUCCAGAUGCUUUGGGAACUAGUACUUCUAGGAGAACCACUUGUCGUGAUGGCACCAUCCCCGUCAGAAUCUUCAGAAACAGUGUUGGCACUUGUUAGUUGUAUUUCACCAUUAAAGUACUGCAGUGAUUUCAGGCCAUACUUUACCAUCCACGACAGUGAAUUCAAAGAAUAUACAACUCGCACACAAGCCCCACCAUCUGUCAUCUUAGGGGUGACGAAUCCUUUUUUUGCUAAAACACUUCAGCACUGGCCUCACAUUAUCCGAAUUGGAGAUAUUAAACUUCCAGGUGAAGUUCCAAAGCAGGUGAAAGUGAAAAAGCUGAAGAACCUAAAAACUCUGGACUCCAAACCUGGUGUUUAUACCUCUUACAAGCCAUACUUGAACAAAGAUGAAGAAAUCAUUAAACAGUUACAAAAGGGUGUACAACAGAAACGUCCUACAGAAGCACAGAGUGUGAUUCUUCGGCGGUAUUUUUUGGAAUUGACAGAAAGUUUCAUUAUUCCCUUAGAACGUUAUGUGGCAAGCCUAAUGCCUUUGCAAAAAUGCAUAUCACCAUGGAAGAGUCCACCACAGCUGAGGCAGUUUAGCCAAGAUGACUUCAUGAAGACACUGGAAAAAGCAGGACCACAGCUCACAUCAGGUUUAAAAGGAGACUGGAUAGGACUUUACAGGCAUUUUCUGAAAUCGCCCAACUUCGAUGGUUGGUUUAGGAGCCGGCAGAAAGAAAUGACACACAAGUUGGAGGCCCUUCAUUUAGAAGCACUCUGUAAUGAGAACUUGGUUUUCUGGACUCAGAAGCAUACUGAAGUAGAAACGGUGGAUCUUGUCUUAAAGUUAAAGAAUAAACUGUUGCAGGCUGACAGAGAACAGCUUCCUGUGAAAACUGACACAUUGAAAAAGCUGCAGACACACAUCAAUGAUAUUAUACUAGCACUUCCAGAUGACUUGCAGGACAUCUUGCUCAAAACUGGCACAACAUAA